GAACCACGUGGUGUGAAAGCAGACUGCAGCUUCUUUUGUUCAAAUCAAUCAAACCGGAGACACCGGGACCAGAGCUGCUGCUGAAUCAGGAAAUCACCGGUAUAUCUCUUUAUCCUCUCUUUGCGCUAAUUACCGACGACUUUUUAAAGAAGGUACGAGUCGCAUAGGUACGCUUCGGGUGUCAAAUAAAGAUGAUUUUGAAAAAGUUUUAGUUGUAGCAUCUUUUCGGGUAACGUCAGUGUGUCUUUAUUUAGAGUGCUUGUUAGCUUACAGUAGCGAGGUUACGUUAGCUAAAUGAAUCCUUUCAGUCCGCUUUAUUUAACUGUCUAGUUUCAGACUGGGUUGAAAAUACUUCACCUUAUGUGAGGAUAAAGCAAACUUUGCGUCGGUCUUGUGUUGCAGCUAACUGUGUGACUUCCCAUACGAAGCGUUAGCAUGCCAGCUAGCCAUUAUGUGAACAAAGAGCGACAGUGGUGAGCUGCUUAGCCUAAUGAAGCUAGCCUCUAGCUGCUGCUACACGGACGCUGGUGUUCUGUCGAAUUGUGUUGCUUUAUCGAAAACGGCACAGCUGCGCGAAUCGACAACAGUAGCAAUUAACUCGCAUAUUUAACCUCUAAUUUUAAUUUAACCUCUGUUUACUGUUGGGAUAAGACGACAUUGUUUCUUUAUUCUUAUUCAAAACGUUUCAGGUUUGUGGAGAAUCAUAUUCUAAUAGGCUAAUAUCCUGUGUCUAUUAAUGCAUUUCGUGCCGAAUCGAUUUAUACCACACCGCUGCUUCAUCCAUUGACACUAUAUUUUUAUGGGGACUAUGUUUCAUGCUCUAUCUCAAAGUCAUUGCUCAAGACUUUGGUAGAAAAGUAUUUCAAAAGGCUUGGAUUUUCCAACAAAUCUCUCAGACAAGUGGUAGGUUUGUGGUUCUGGGCAUGCGUAGAGCCGUGAGGAGCACAUAUUGCAAAGAAACAUAAUUUGACAAAACACCUCUUCAUGCGUUAGUUUCAUUUCUUUUUUUGGUUCCUUACGUGUUAUUCCGCUUCAUUUUAAUGAGACAGCUAUGUCAGAAGAUUACUUGAGAAAACGAGGGCGAAAUGUGUAAUUCUAACGCUUAUAGCUCGACGGUAAAUGUAUAAAUGGCUACUUGACGAUGUAAAGUAAACUUAUCACAAUGUUAGCUGAUCUAAAGCCACAUUCAGCUCUGUAGUAGUAGUAGUUGUGUUUUUACAAGCAGGAAAAACGGUCUUUUAAUGUUGUUUUUAACUGUUUAUUUACUUUUAGUGUGACGUUAACAAAAUAAUAUAGUAAAAUUCGAGUUACGUUGAAAUAUAUACUAUAAAUUGUUUAUUUUUCCAUACUUAAGUUACAUGGAGCACUUUUUUGAAACAUGAUUUCCCCCCUAAUAUUUCACACUGAUCAUGUUUUUGAAUUCUUUUGUCAGUCAUCUUACUUUAUAAUAGAUAUGUAACCCUGUAACAGUAAGUCCAAUCUUGCUUUUCUUAUCUCCUUGUUUAUAGUUAUCGGUGAUGUUUCUCCCAGUGUGGCUUUAUUAAUUUCAUUUUUAUGACUCAAGCUCAUGACCACGUCUAUUAGCCUCCUUUUAUUUUGUUGAAACCCUUUUGAGUCAUCGCAAGAGAGUAAAAAUACCAGUUUCUGCAUGUCUGCCCAACCUUGAUCUAAAGCCUGUGUAAAUUCCCCUCAAACACUCUUGUUGCUCAGACUGAUUACUCCCUCUUUCCCUCAAAAACAGCUUCUGUUUGUAAAAUGCCACGUAAGAAGGUGACCGACAUCUCAGGGAAUGGUGGGGUGAAGAAGAAGAGGCCUAGCAAUAAAAGGAAAGAAAGAGACUUCAGCAGCGACGAUGAGUUUGACUUUGAGCAGGAGAAUAACAAGAAACCAGGAAAACCCUCCACCAAGUCUGGACUCCAGCCGGUUACUGUGGCAGACGACAUCAAGGAGAAAAUAGUAGGUUUGGUGUUAUACUAUGAUCUUUUGCCAUAAUUAUGUAUAUGAUAUGGCUUUCUGAGCCUAUAAAUGAUGGAGGAAAACAAGAGACAAACACUCGGUCCUUACAAGAAUCUCAUGAUUGAGAUUAAUACAAAGUCACAAAACUGAGCUAAAACCUCAAACCAAAGACUUCCAGCCGGCAAAUCAGCUGUGCGCACUUUUGUGUAUCUUAGAUAGUUGGUUUAGUUUUGUUUUCUCCUCAUGAAGGACAGUCUGACCUUUAACAUGGAAUUUCUCAGCAUAUUAGUAUCUGAUUUCUGAUAAAAGGAAGUACUUUCAAUAGUUCUCCCCCUUAUUCUAGAUGCAUAUUUCUAUCCUAACAGAUGGGUUUUAAAAAAAGAUUGUUACGUAAAGUACGCCAAGUUAAAAAGGAGAAAAAUACAUGUCCACAAUCCUGAUAGUCAAGAUAACAAAAGUCUGUAUUCCAGAUUAUUAGUUUUUUUUUGAAUAGGAGCUUUUUAUGUCAUGUAAAUCAUAUUUUCUUUUCUACAGAAACUUGAUUGUCCAAAGGCUAAAGGACAGAUGCUCAUUUUUGGAGCAACCAACUGGGAUUUGAUUGGAAGAAAAGAGGUGCCAAAACAACAAGGUACAAUAUUUCUGUUUCUUAUGCGCUGGGUCAGGUUUAUCGUUGUGUAAACUUUUAUUUACAUUUCAGAAAUGGUGGUGGAAAUCAUUGCUUUGGACCACCAGCCCAUCUCUGGGGCAGAAAAGAUAAAUGUUGGCUGUCUUUUUGAGUGUUUGGAUCCAUGAUAAUGACUCAUUACUACACCUCCAUCCUUGCCGUUGUAACUUGCUGAUGGCUGCAGUGUUUCAUUGGUUGAGAUAGGAUGAGAGUGGGAUUUGUACUAGAUGGUACUCAAGGUGCUUUGUAGGUAGCAAAGAGUUGUCCGGACUGCGCUAUUUCAAUAAAGAUUUAUAAACCUUACUGUAGCUGCACAUUUAAGAUCAUGAUAACAUACACGGGGAUUUGAAACAAAGUGACUGCUGUUAGUUUUACAACCAUACUCAGUGUUUCCCCCUCCCCCAGGAUGGAAAUCUAUCCACGGUGGCGUGUGAUUUGGGAGUUGGGGGGUGUUUGUGAGUGAUUAAUCAGUUGUGUGAUCGCCUACGAUAGCUCACUAAUGAUGCUAAUACCCGAUGCCGCAUAUACUGAUACAUAUGAGUCUGAGGUAGACCCAAGUGAGAAAAAAAUGAAUUUCUUUUAGGUGGGAUGGCUUUUAUUUAGACAUGGCGGUGCGACACGAUCAAUUUGCAUGUAGGGGAAACCCUAAAUGGAAUAAGCUGGAAACAUCUUCUGAUUAAUCUGUUUACUCUAGUUAUUGUUGUAAACAAACAAAACAAGCUCUAUUAUUCAGGCAAAUACAAGUAUAGGACUGAGACUUGGUAUAGGCAGAUUGUCAAUAUUAGAAAAUCAAAUCAGGGUUUAGAGCCUUAAAAAAUAAUCAGGACAUCCGUAUGCAUUGGAGUUAAUUGUUGGUAAAUGCUGAGUGUUGUCGUCACUGUCAGUCAUCAUCAAUGUGAGUUUGUCGCUUUUACAAAACUAACUAUUUAUCAUAAUAUUCUGCAGCUGCAGAAUUACAAAGCAAAAGAAAGAACCGUUGUUGAAAAAGGGACUGAAAGUCAAACAAAAAAAAGUAUUUCUACAUUUCCAUCAUUAUAUAAAUUACAGAGCCAAAACACAAAGAGCUUAUUAGAGAGCUUUAGAUCUGUAGGUACUAUUAAUGACGAACUUUGAACAAGGCUGAGCUUAUUCUUAUCCUUUACUUCUGGUUUUUGUUCCUAAAUAACUCAAAUUCAGUCAAAUGUCACAUAAUGAACACACACAAGAGGCUGAAAUUAACAAAAGCAAUAACAAAGAAACAUCUCAUGGGGGCUUAACAUGAGCUUAUCCACAGAAAUUGUGUUGAAAGUCCACUGUUGGCCAACAUUUGCAUCUAGCAUUUACACUUAGAUAACCUACACUGUCUUAAUUCACAAAAUAAAAUUUCAAUAUACCUUUCUUUUUUUAAAACUUUUCAUCCUGUAUAGAUUCAGCUUUGCUCAUGGUAAUGAGAAGGUUCCAGAUCCAGACAGGAUCAAUAAAAGAUUGAUCAAGUUUGAAAACGUCUGCAGCAGAAAAUGAAAGCAGACCAUAUGUACGGUGUCUCUUUGUUUGAGAUAUAAAGACCACAUAUGUGUUAAAACCAGCGAGCUUCCAUUAAUUUAUACUGACAGUAAUUUCUAUUCAUAUGUAUGCAUGUUCUGAGCAGCCCCCCCUGCAGCAGCCCGCUGCCUGAGGCGGUCUGUGCUGCGUUCAAUCCCUGCCUCACUCCUCUGGUACUCGCUGAUAACUCUGCUUUGUUGGGAUUGAAGGGGGAGGUUGGGGGUGUCAGCAGGAGCAGCUGCAUAGACAAAGAGCAUCCUUAGUUGAGCGAGAUGCUGCGUCGACCACAGCAUCAAAAGUGCAUUCAAAUAUUUCUUAUCAAGUAUAUGAAAAAGGUCAUUUCCAGCUCUAAUCAGUGACGUGCAUCAGCAUACAAAGACCCCACGAGAAUCAAAGGGGCUUUAUGUGUGGAACCUAGACCAGUGAGCUAAAGAGACACAACAGAAACAAACUCACGCACUCAUUACACAAUUUUUGACACUUUUAAAGGUCUUGCAUACAACAAAGUUAAAGUGUCAUAUUGGAAAAAAACAGAGAUUUUAAGGGAAAGUUGGAAUAAUUAAAGCUUUCAGUUUUUCAUAAAUAAAUGUUCUAUGCUUUUGUAGAAACAUGUCGGUACAAGAUGGCAGCCUUCUUGAAAGGUGACCUGCUUUUAUCCACAUACAAAAGGCUCAUUCUAAGUGAACAAAAACCAACCCAUUUUUACAUUCAGGUGAUGACACACUUAUUCAAAUCAUACUUCUAUUCCAUCUCUAUAGAGUCUGCUCUGCAUAAUGCUGCUUUAUACUAUAAACAGCACCUUUUAGAAAAAGCCAUUACUUGUCCCUUGAAGUGGAGGCUUAUAGUAGUUUUUGUUGGAGGUAACUCGAACAUGAGGAGGAGGAGGUGCAUUUGGACUAUUUUCGGCUCUGUAGCAACAUUUUGUGCUCUGCUGAGUAUUUGGGGCAGGCAUGAAUUUUAUGGGACUGAGUCAUCAUACAAAACUGAGUCAUCAUUAAUUUAAGGCCACAUUGUCCUGUCUUAAAAAGCUCAAAUUCAGCUGCAAAAAAAGAGCUGAAUGUAUCAUGUUAUCAUACUGGUAUUCACGGUUCUGAAAUACUUGGUUGUUUUUUUAUGGGAUGUUUUUGUAUGAGUGGUCAGGUUUUGAUGUGGAGUCGCUUUGUGUGUUUCCAGCUGCUUUCCGCAACUUGGGUCAGAAUCUGUGGGGUCCUCACCGCUACGGCUGUCUGAAUGAUGUCCAGGUGAGCUGUGUGGUGUCCGGUUCCUGUGCUGCUCACAGUCUGCUCAUGACCACCGAGGGCAAGCUGUGGAGCUGGGGUGAGUUUUUGUUUUUUGUGUGACGGUCGGGUCCAAUAGUUUUCCAUCUCUGAGCUCCUGUUUCCUGCUCCCUCAGGUCGUAAUGACAAAGGGCAGCUGGGUCACGGGGACACCAAACGUCUGGAGGCUCCAAAGCUGAUUGAAGCAUUAGCAGAUAAUGUGAUUGUCGCUGCAGCCUGUGGACGCAACCACACCCUGGCACUCACAGGUAGGCGGGUCUCUGAUAAAUGUCGUCAUCAUCCUCAUCAUUGCUAUUUAUCAUUGUCAGCUGACAUCUCUCUUCAUCCUCCCCCUCAGAGGACGGCACUGUUUACUCCUUUGGUGAGAACAAGCUGGGUCAGCUCGGACAAGGGAACCAGACUGAUGCCGUCCUCAGUCCAGCACCGGUGAGCCUCUAGAGAGACACUCUACAGAGCACAGAAGGCUUGUAGGAAUACACACAGUAACACUAACUUUCAUCAUUUCGCUUGUUUCUCUUCCUUUCAGAUCUCUUACAACGGUCAGCCUCUGGUGAAGGUGGCCUGUGGUGCUGAGUUCAGCAUGGUGGUGGACUGUAAAGGAAACCUGUACUCCUUUGGCUGCCCAGAGUACGGACAGCUGGGUACGCUCUCUAGCUUUAACGUUUCAGCUUUAUCUGAAGGGUGUUUAAGGAACUCGGGUCACACCAGAGUUGUUUGGUCCACUUUGAACAUACUGUGGUCAAACCAGUGAACUUUGGUCCGCUUGAAAAUGGGGGUCUUGGUUUGAUAAAGUGCUCUUUUCAGGGCUAGUAUACUUGGGGGAUUUAUUCAUCUCAAGUAAAGAACAGGUUGGACAGCUCACAAAUUUUCCUCGCUCCUCAUACUGAGCACCUUUUUGUCAAACGCAAUGAUUUUAUAAACACCGAAGCAAAAGCAGAAACCCCAAGACUGCAAACAAUCCUGGCAAUAACUGUUGUCCGGGUUGUUUCGCUCGUUUUAACAAAGUGCAUUGUGAAAGCAAACCAGAAUGCAUUAAAAAUGUAGCAAUGCUGCCCCUGAGGUCCCCUAACUAUCUUGUGAAAACAUUUUAAAAAAUCCCCCUACUCAGGACUCAAAGUUUAGUAGUUCUGCACUCCAUUAAAAGCUUCCCAGCCUGCAUUUAACACUUCCUCAGACUGGAUUACAUUAUUAAGUACAUUAUAGGUGGGGUCACUCUGGUUCCAGCCUUGUACAAAUAAAUGUAGUAACUCUGUCUUUGUCACCACAGGUCAUAACAGCGAUGGGAAGUUCAUUGCUCGUGCUCACCGCAUCGAGUUUGACUGUGAGCUCAUCCCUCGCCGUGUUGCCAUCUUUAUCGAGAAGUCCAAGGAUGGCCAGAUCACACCCGUCCCCAAUGUGGUGGUCCGAGACGUGUCCUGCGGAGCCAACCACACUGUGAGAGUUACUCCUGGAUCAGAUUAUCCAGCCGUCUGUUUAUCCGUUACUCUUGAGCCUAAUAAGUGUUCAUGUGUGUUCGCAGCUGGUUCUGGACUCUCAGAAGCGAGUGUUCAGUUGGGGUUUUGGAGGUUAUGGGCGUCUGGGCCACACGGAGCCGAAAGACGAGAUGGUUCCUCGACUCGUCAAGCUGUUUGACUUUGCCGGACGUGGAGCCAGCCAGAUCUGCGCCGGCUACCAGUGUUCGUUCGCUGUCAGUGAGAUGGGUAAGACUUCUGGAGACAAUGAGUAGGAACGAGAAAUGAAGUCAAAGUAACUUAGAAAGUAAACUCUGAGGGUCUGUGUUCCUUUGUGAAUCCCACAGAGAUGUUGUGUUUUUGCAGUUUAGCUUACUGAUGCAAAUUCAGCUGAUCGAUGAACUGUUUUUACUACCUUUCAAGUCAACCAAUCCAUGCAGCUAUUUUGCAGAUUUAACUAAAUGUAUGUCUUUGAUUUGCUCCAUACAAAGAUGUCCUUGUGUGAUUUUCUAAUCUGGCUCCAAACCAGUCUUGAUGAGCAGUCUUUGUCUGAGUUAGGGCUGUCCCGAUAUGAUUUUGAUAUCAGAUAUCGAUCCGAUAUCAGCAAAAAAACAAAUAUCUGAUUAUAUCGGCCUCCAUCUAAAAUCUCCGAUAUCAACAUUCCGAUACAAGCAAUCCAUUUCAGACUCCGCUCCAGCUCAUUUAUCUAGCAGCGCCCUGAUCCAGCAAGCUGAGCCCACAAAAUCACAAUAGUGUGUACUAAGGUACUAACAAAGUAGCAAGGAGUAGGAGUGAUGUUGGCCUUGAGGCAGUAUUUUUUGUCUUAAUUCCAAAAAAGACAAAUUUUGUGCCGAAGAUCAAUAUUGGUAUCAGCCAAUAUUGAAGGCUACAAUAUUGGUAUCGUAUCUAAGUCAAAAAGUUGUAUCAGGUCACCCCAAGUCUAAGUAUAUAAAGGUCAUUGUUUAAUCAGUUUGACAGAAUCUGAAGAACUGAAGUGUCUCCAUACUGUCGUGAAAAAGACAACUUUGAAACUAUGGAUGCUCCAGUGACUUUCAAAUCUAAGGAAGCAUUUCAUUCCCCCCAUAAAUACAAGUGGUAUUCCUAUUAUUACUAAUAAGUAAUAACCCCCGAAAAGACUGGAGGAGUUGUAAAGGAAAAAGUCCUACCUGGCCAAAAGAGUCUAAAGAAAGCAGGACUGAUGCCCAAUCAGAGACUGUGCUCCUGACUCUAAGGACCAGAGGCUCUGUGACAGCCAAUGUGCAUUUGGGCUUUGGUCUGAAAAUGUUUACAAAGAGAAAUAAUUAUCCUGAUGUCUGUUUCCGGUGGUUUUCUGACGAUUAGGCACCCAAAUGUACUAACACAGCAGCCAUAUCAAUAACACGCAGCAGGGAAAUUAUUAUUAUUAUUUUUUACAAAGUUCACUGAAGUGUCAUCCAGUUUUUACACAUUUUAGAAGUCUUCACACGCAGAAAUUUAGUGGAAGUGAUGUCAACACAUUAGCCCCAGUCUUUCAGAGUCAAUCCUUCAUGUGUGAUGUAAUAAAGAAACCUCAAAAUGUUGAAGAAAAGAAUCCUGGAGGGGCUGCUCUGUCAUUUUUUAGCUGCAGCUGUCUGAUCAGUGUUGUCUUUGCAGGAGGGCUGUUCUUCUGGGGGGUGACAAACCCUUCCAGGGAGUCCACCAUGUACCCCAAAGUGGUUCAGGAUCUGUGUGGCUGGAAGAUCCGCAGUCUGUCCUGUGGGUGAGUGUUCAUGUUAGUUUUUGUACCUCUCUUUGUAAGUGGUGAGUGGUUUAUGUUUUUGUUUUUUUUUUCUUUUUAAAUUCCCAUCUGUAGAUCUGCGAGUCUGGGUUUACUUGAUCUGGAGUUUGACAGUUUUUUUUCUUCUAUCUAACAGGAAGAGCAGCAUCAUUAUCGCUGCAGAUGAGAGUACGAUCAGCUGGGGACCCUCACCCACAUUUGGAGAGCUGGUAAGAUCCUCUGACAGCAAAAGAAGCUGUUAUAAUCGAGUUAAUCAAUCAGGGUUGAAUGUCAAAUCAUAAUUCCCCUGAAGUCCAUAGAUCCUAAUUUGAUGAUCAGCUUUUUAAUUCAGCAUAACUCUGUAAAGUCUAGACAUAAAAGACGAACGAUUUAAAAUUUGUUGUGUGGUAACUAAAGUAACAUGGUAAACGUUUAAUUCACUGUUUUGUGGUAGGGGGUGGGAGAAAAGAAAAAAAGGGUAGAGAAAAAGAUGAAAUUGUUAUAGAUUUAAGAUUGCAUUUGCAGCACUCAGCAGAGACAUAAAGAUGUAAGAUGUCUCACUCCUCAGCAGCUGAACUUUUGAAAUUGUUGCGCACACAGCAUGAAAACUUGCGCAGUUACCUCACUAAAGACCCAUUGACUAUUAAAUUUGACAGCUGCUUGUUUUGUUAAAGAUUUUUGUCAGCGAUGUAAUUGACGCCCCCGAUUGGAUCUAUCUCCUCAUUUGUCUUUUAGGGAUACGGAGACAACAAACCCAAAUCCUCCACCACCGCCCAGGAGGUCAAGACCUUGGAUGGCAUCUAUGUGGAGCAGGUAACGGAGACAUCUGAUAUUUAAGAAGAAGAACGUUUGUUUUUGUUGUGUUUCUACUUUUUCUGCACCAUGAGUGAAAAUCCAGUUUUCAUCAUCAGCUCAUAGAUCCACUCCAGCUAGAGUCUAACCGUGGUGUUUCUGUUCCUCCAGGUGGUGAUGGGAUACUCUCACUCUCUGGUCAUAGCCCGACAGGAAACUGAGCAGGAAAUAGAGAAACUGAAAAAGCUGCCUGAGUACAUCCCGCGAACAAUCUGAUCAGUCCUCCUGCUCGACACCUGAACCCCCUUCCUCUGGAGCAGAGACCAGCACUGCUCAGCAGGAACUUCAGGUGUGUUCAGUCUCUGCCAGAUUCGUUUGGCGGACCACAGGGAUGGCUGAGUUCAGGAAGAGGGGAGGGGCGGCAGGAUUUCUACACAUCUCAACUACCAGCAAACUGGCUCUACAUGAAUUUGGACCCUGAAAUCAGAUGAACAGGACUGGAGACGGAUGAUCCGGCUCCAUGAUCGAUCAACUCACCUUCACAUCUAACCUCGAGUGAACCUGCAACAGUUUGCUCCAAAGCACUUCACACCCAGCCAGAGUUGUGCUUCCCAAAAACCCUUUUUCUAUUUUGUGAUACAGCCAAACAUUCAUGUGUUUAUGUCUCUCGUUCUGUUGUCAGUGUUUCAGUAUUUGGAAAUGAUAAAAUGUUUGUCACAUUUACGGGUGCUACAUCAGGACCCUCUGUGUUUUCCCACUGAGGGCUUUUCAAAGACCAAUACUCCAUACCUGUGCCUUUUUCUACGUGUUCGUUCAGGAUAUGGAAGUCUCGUUUGUGUUGUUGGGAGGAUCAGCUGAUCUCUGUUAGUGUAUAUACGUCGGUGUGAGCAGGUGUGUGUGCGUGCAGCUGCCACAGAUUUACAAUCAGGAUUUGGAGCGUGAUGUUCUGAGUUUGUGCACUCCACCCAAUGUUACAUUCCUUUUGUUCUUCUUCUGUGUUUGCAUCUAGGAUGCUCACCUCAGUCCUUCCGAGAACGCCACGUCUGCAAGCUCUUUGUCUUCUUUUUUUUUUUUCUUUCUUUUUUGAGUAAAAGUUAUGAUUCCAACGCUCAAAGCGAUUUCACAAGCAGAGUUUUUAGAGGCAGAACCGGAGUGCUGAAAUGUCUGCCGAUGGUUCAGUCAGUCACAUUGUGCUGGAAAUGAAGGCAUGUCCUUUUUAUAUAAGAUAAUAACUAACAGCAGAUGUGUUUCCUUCUUAAUUGUUCUUUUUUAUGGUGAAAUUCUCUGGGUUAUUGUUUUUUUUUUUUUUUCAUUGAAAUGGUAAAAUAAAGAUUCACAUGAACUAA